AUGAGUAAGAGAAAGCUAAAAAUUUUAACUAUUGAAGAAAAGGUCGAUUUAAUUAAAGAUGUAGAGAAUAAUCCUACCGUUAAGAAAAAGGACUUGGCCCUGAAAUAUGGCAUACCGCCGAAUACAUUAUCGACAAUAAUGUCGAACAAAGAAAAAAUAUUAGAACAUUACGAAACAAAGGGCGGUUCUGCAAAUCUUAAUCGUAAAAAAAUCAAGGAGUGCACAUACACCGACAUUGAAACGGCACUCUUGAAAUGGUUAAAGAAUUAUGAGCAUAAGCGGACUGAAAUCCCUGUGAGUGGAAUUCUCCUUCGUGAAAAAGCACUUGAUUUUGGCAAACUCCUUGGACACAUGGACUUUGUAGCAAGCAGUGGAUGGCUCGAGAGGUUUAAAGCUCGUCAUAACAUAGUUUUUCGGAAUUUACAUGGAGAAGCUAAAGACGUCCCGGAAAGUCUUUGUGAAGAAUGGAGAAUAAGACUUCCCACCCUACUGUUUGGUUACAAAGCAUCAGACGUCUUUAAUAUUGAUGAAACCGGAUUAUUCUACAAAUGUGUUCCCCAAAAAACUUUAAUGUUCAAAGGAGAGUCCUGCGCUGGAGGAAAAAUGAGCAAAGAUCGCUUAACUGUUCUUGUUGGUGCCAAUGCUGAUGGAUCAGAAAAAUUACCCCUCUUAGUUAUUGGUAAAUCGAAAAACCCACGUUGCUUUAAAAACGUCAAAUCUUUGCCGGUAAAUUACAAAAGCAAUAAGAAAUCCUGGAUGACCAGCGAGCUGUUUGAAGAAUACGUGAGAAAACUUGAUUUGAGUUUUCAUAAAAAAUCUCGAGAAGUUUUGCUGUUUGUGGACAAUUGUCCAGCACAUCCAAAGUUAAAAAAUUUAAAGUCAAUUAAGCUUGAAUUUUUCCCACCAAAUACAACGGCAAAACUUCAGCCAGCUGAUCAGGUAGUAAUUUGUAAUUUAAAAGUGCAUUAUAGGAAACGAGUAAUUAGAAAGCUCAUCAACGAUAUUGAAAAUAAUAAAGAGCAUACAAGUUCCAUAUCGGUAUUAGAUGCUCUUCGAAUGGUUUUUAGUGCCUGGCAAAAUGAUGUUUCCCAAGACACAAUUGCUCAUUGUUUUCAGAAAUGCGGAUUCUUUCCUUCAAGUGCUCCCAAUAUUGUUGAUGAGGUUAACGAAUGUUUGGACAACGAGUUCAGAGAUGUGUUUCAAGAACAAUCAUUGGAACUUUCUGACUUCGUAAACGUUGACUCCGAGCUCAUUACCUGCGGUGAACUUUGCGAUGAAGAUAUUAUUGCAGAAGUAACAGCUAAAGAAGAUGGUACGGACAAUGAAGAGAAAAUUGAAAUUUCUGAACAUAAUGAUUUGCCAACAAAUGCAGAUGUUAGUAAUGCACUAUCGAUUAUUCAUCGUUCUAUUGAAAGUCGGGAAAAUGUUCCACAGGAUAUAUUCAAUGCCAUGAAUUUUAGAAAUUUCAGCAGAGGCUCCUUGUAA